AUGUCGUCAUCUCUAUCGACAAGUUCCACUACAACUCCUACUUAUGCUAAGAGGAAAUUAGAAUUGGUUCCGUUCAAUAGUCAAUUGGAAAUCAUCGAUAAGGCUAUUUUAAAUGUUUCCAAGACGCUGCUGAAUUCUAAUCAAUAUACCAACGUCCACCGCUCUGGUUACAAUAAUAACAGUGGUAAUAAUAACAACCACUCACACAAUCAGAAUCUGCAAAACAAGUAUGCUUUGGCUGCAGUUGCAGCUGCUGCUGCUGUUCAACAACAACAGCAAAAUUAUAUGCUUCAACAACAAUCUCAUCAACAAUCUCAUCAACAAUCUCAUCAACAAUCUCAUCAACAAUCUCAUCAACAGCAAUAUAAAGAUAUCAAUCCAUAUAUGUUCCAUGGGCAGGGUAUGGGCUUCAGUAAAGACCAAGGCGAAUUGUCCUCUUCUUCCUCAUUGUUGUCAGAGAAUAAUGCUCCAUUACCCUAUGAUUUUCAGAAUAAUUUCAUGACUUCAAACGGAAGUAAUAAUUCGGUCACAUCUCCCACAGCUGGACAGCUAAAUCAACUGCCAGCUACUGAUUCCCAAAAGCAUGCACUUCAAUCACAUAUUCAGCCUCAGCUUCAAAAUCUUUCUCAGCCUCCAAUGCCUGGUUUUAUUUUUGAUCCUAUGGCUUCUGAUAAUAGCAAAAUCAAUUCCAACUCACCAACUUUGUUGCAGCCUCAAGCUACAGCUUCUUCGAAUAAAGGUAGUAGCAAUUCACCCCCAAACUUAUUCUUGUCCAAUUCAAGUUCGGGAGCAAAUGCUGUAAAUUCAGUCAACUCCAAUAAUCCUGUUACAACUAACUUUUUGGAGUCACCGUCUUUAUUAUCAAGUGGUAAGAACAUUUCAAACAACUGGCCUGUUAAUAGCUCAAAUACAAACGCUAUUAAUCAUUCUUCAAUUUGGGGUGCUAAUCCUUCUACGUCGUCAUCAUCUAUGAUUCCAUCUAAUUUAGCAAAUUUAGAUUCUAAAUCUGAAAAUAAAAUUUCUAUUCAAAAUAACUUUGGUGGCUCAGUGUGGUGA